AUGCCAACCCCAAUCCCAAAUUUCCUCCUCCCACGAGGACCACCGUCAGCCAUGAUGCUGCGCACCCUCCGACGCCAAGCGCAACCACAACGAACCUUCAGCACAACGCGCACAGCCUUGAAAAAGGCCAAUGCCAACAGCAACAGCAAACCUCGUGUCCUCGAAAAGCCAGACAAAUUUAGACCCCCGUCGCACCCCCAGCGCUAUGUAGCUCCCUCCCCGCAAAACGCACCCCCAGGCCAACCAUUCGAAUAUGGUCCUCGCACAACCCCCAAGCAAAUCGAGGAGCAGAAUACCAAGCAGUAUCCGAAUAUGUUCCCGCCCGAAGGGACGGUUAUGCAUAAGUUUUUGACGAGUAAAUGGAUUCAUAUCUGGAUUGCGAUGAGCAUCCUCACCACCCUAGCAACAUUCACCUUCACAACAAACUUCAAAGCAACCUCGCCAUUCGCACAUCUCCUCCCUAGCUGGUCGGAGCUCCUAACAAGCCCCUUCAGUACGAUUGGACGGGCGUUCUCUGUUUGGCGCAUGCAUGUGCAGCAUGAGUCUAUGCGUGUGCGGGAGCAGAGACAUCGUCGUGUUGAAGAUGCUGAGAAGAGGAAGGCCUAUCGGGUCGCGCAUGGCUUGGAAGAAGAGGAGGUUAAGAAGGAUGAGGAGGUGAAGGAGGGUGAGGUUGAUGUGCAGUCUCCUGUUGCUGCUGAGGGGGUUGGGGCUGUUGCUGAAGGGGAAUUUGUUGAUUGGGAGGGGAAGAAGAGGCCUGUUAAGAAGUGGUUUGGUAUUUGGUGA